CCUCUAGGGUUCUCAACGGUGUUUGGUGUUUUCCAAGAAUAUUACUCUGCUCAUGAUGUGCUGCAGGGUAACAAAGGAGACUUAGCUACUGUGGGAACUACAUCUACUGGAAUCCUCUACCUUCUAUCACCAAUUACCUUUACGCUGUUGACCCGAUACCCACGUCUACAAGCUUGGUGUGCGCCAACAGGACUGAUUAUAACCGUCGUUGGCUCUUUGCUUUCCUCGUUUUCAACCCAGAUCUGGCAUUUGAUUGCGACCCAGGGUGUUAUAUGUGCCCUGGGGAAUGGUCUAUUGUUCAGCCCUUCGUCCCUCUAUCUGGAUCAAUGGUUCUUACGGAGGAAGGGCCUUGCCAUUGGGAUAAUGUGGGCAGCAAAGAGCAUUACUGGCGUCGCAUUACCAUUUAUUGCAAACGCCAGCUUGAAUAAAUUUGGCUCGAGCACCACAUUGAGAGCAUGGACUGUGAUUACGUUGAUCACUGUCUUACUAUCAUUGCCGUACAUGAAGCCUCGAAUCCCUGUGUCCUCAUCUGCCUCAGCCCGACGCCUGGAUCUCAGCUUCCUUAGAAUGGGCACAUUCUGGGUGCUCCAGGCCGGAAACAUCAUUCAAAGCUUUGGAUACUUCCUGCCGUCUACAUAUCUUCCAACUUACUCAACAACAACAGUAGGUCUCCCUGAAUUUAUGGGGACACUGCUUAUCUCCAUUUUCAACGCUACUUCUGUCUUUGGGGGUAUUGCAGUGGGCAUGCUCUGUGACCGUAUCAAUGUCACAAAUGUCCUACUUUUUUCUUCAGUCGGAUCAGCUCUCUCUGUUUUUCUCUUCUGGGGGCUGGCUUCAAGUUCAUCUUCGGAUUCAGGUUCUUCCCAAGCAGGAAUGGGAUUACUCACCGUGUUCUCCAUUUUUUAUGGAUUUUUUGCGGGUGGCUUUAGCUCAACGUGGUCAGGAAUUAUCACACAGAUCAAACGUGACUCUUCUCCAUCACUGGAAACUGGACUGGUGUUUGGCCUUUUGGCUGGUGGUAGGGGUAUUGGCAAUGUCAUCAGUGGGCCUUUGAGCUCGGUCUUGAUAAGCCAAGGAGCUUUGGGACAUGAUGGAAAUACGGGGUACGAUACAAAGUAUGGGACUCUGAUUCUAUUUACGGGGAUUACUGCGCUUCUUGGUGCUUGGAGCUGGAUGUGGCGCCUUCCUAGUCCAGUUGUAUGUUGUCGCAAUUAA